AUGGUUGACGCAAAACACAUUUGUUUAUAUCUCUCUAUCUCUCUACCUAUCUCUCUCUCUCUCUCUCUCUCUCUCUCUCUCAGUCUCUUCCUAUUAUCUAUGUCAUUUUCUUUCCAUUAUCUAUCUCAGUCUCUUAUUAUAUAUCUGUCUGUCCCAGUCUCUUCCUAUUAUUUACCUAUCUACCCCAGUCUCUUCCUUUCUAUCUAUCUAUCUAGCUAUCUAGCUCAGACUCUUCCUAAAUGUAACUCAUUUUCUUUCCAUUAUCUAUCUCAGUCUCUUCUUAUUAUAUAUCUAUCUAUCGUGUCCUCUUUCUAUUAUCUAUCUCAGUCUCUUCUUAUUAUAUAUCUAUCUAUCGUGUCCUCUUUCUAUUAUCUAUCUCAGUCUCUUCUUAUUAUAUAUCUAUCUAUCGUGUCCUCUUUCUAUUAUCUAUCUCAGUCUCUUCUUAUUAUAUAUCUAUCUAUCGUGUCCUCUUUCUAUUAUCUAUCUCAGUCUCUUUAUUAUUUAUCUAUUUCAGUCUUUUCCUAUUACCUAUCUAUCGCAGUCUCUCCCUAUUAUUUAUCUAUCACAGUUUCUUCCUAUCUAUCUAUCUAUCUAUCUAUCUAUCUAUCUAUCUAUCUAUCUAUCUAUCUCAGACUCUUCUUAUUAUCUAGCUUUUUCCCUAUUUACGCACUUUCUUCUUCUUCUUCUUCUUCUUCUUCUUCUUUCUUUCUUUCUUUCUCUUUUUUCUUUUCUUUUUCCUUUAGUUCAUUAUUUUUCUUUCAGCCCUUCUUUAUUCUUUUUACUUUUUCUCUUCAUUUUUCUAACAUUUUAUUUUCUUUCUUGUGCCUUCAUUUUUCUUCUAUUUUUAUUUUUGUGUAUUUUCUUUUUCAUUUUAUUCUUUCUCGCUUUUUUGCCUUGUUCAUUCUUUUUAUUAUUUUUUCUUUUUCUUAUGACUUCUUCGUCUUUCUCUUCUUACUUACACGAUUUCUUUUUUAUCUCUUUUUUUUGACACUUCUUUCUUUCCCCUUCCCUCUCUACUUUUGUACGCGUUCUUUUCUUCUUUUUGAUUCUUUUUUCUUCAGGUUCCAUUUCAUGUUCUCUUUCCUAUCUUCAUUCAUUCGUGAACAGAGAAAGAUCGAAAAAAAAUCUCUUUUCCUCUCCACAGUUUUCUAA